AUGUCUAUCGACGAAACCUCCCUCGCUCUCUCCUCUCAGGAGCGUCGCAACUCUCUCGAGAAGCACCUCCAGACUCGUCCCGAGAUCCAGGACCUCAAGAACCGCCAUAUCCUCCUGCAGACCAACGUCGCCCCAGCCCUGCAAUCCGCACAGCAAGAGCUGGAGCGCGAGCGCAUCUCAGAUAAUCUGAAGCACAAGAUCCAGAACCGACCCGAUCGGGACGAGUUGGUAGAUCGCCACAUUCUCCCCGCUUCAACCGCGGCCCCCGCUUUGCAGGCUAACGCCCGAUCGCUGGAGAAGAACAUGCUCGCCGACUCGCUCGAGCACAAGAUUCAGAAUCGCCCCGAGCCUGAUGUUUUGAUUGCACAGGGCAUUCUGGAAGAGGACGAGGAUCCUCGUGUUUAG